UGGUUACCUUCAAGCCGCUCUCGAAGCGACAGGAGGGGACAAAGCGCGUCUCGCAAAGCACAAUCGACGACGCUCAGCUUAUUUUUUUAAAACAAUCAUCGCGCGACUUGCGCUCGCUAUCUCCGACCUGUUGCACUGCAAUGAGCAGCAGCACUUCCUCAUAGUUAUCACGUUGAACGGAAAAUGACGGACGCGGUGUUCCUACCACCAACGACCAGUUUCAACAUUUCCGACUUGGAGGUGCUCCAAGUGAGGGAUGGAAGCGCCGAGGUGACUCGCAUGGCCGACCCUGCCUACCAGGAGUUCUUGACCGACGUGUGGGUGGGCAUCGUUCUCACCCUCAUGGUGGUCAGUUGUGUGUGUUUCAUGUGUUCGUGUUUGGUAUAUCACAAGAUUCAGGAAUGGAAAGACCGGGCUCAUCAGAGUCACAUCCCUAACAACCAAGAGGCUGGAUCGGUAGAGUCAGAUCUACCAAGCUACACAAUCGUCUCCGGACUACCGACCUACGAAGAAGCUCUGGAACAGCUGAAGAAGGUCAAGGAGCAACGACAGGAAAAAUCGGAUUCCUGCGAGAAGCCUGUACCUGAACCAUCAGCGGGUACUGGCCCAUUAUCAGUAUUCAAUUUAUUUAAUAUUUAUAAUAAAAAUGGAGAAGAUGGAACGUUGAAACCCUCUUGAGAGAUGGAAUGGACAUAGUUGGAAGGGUUAGAACUGUUGGUUGCGAUUCCUGCCGAUGAUUAAUAAAAGAAGCGGCGGGAAAAAUGACGUUGAAAGUUUGUUUAAAUUAUGGCAGUUGGCCUACUUUGGUUGGCGAGCUGAAAAUAAUAAUAAAGGAUAAACCC